UUUACCGCCAUUUAUGUGAACAGUAAUGGAUGUCGAGAUUUCGAAGCAUUGAGUCUGAAUUCAUAGCUUUGAUCGAUCUUUGCCCAUUGCACAGCGCUUUAAACAGUUCAUGUGGUCUUCUGGUUAGUGAAUAUGGCAAAGGUUCACAUCAUCGAUGUGACAAUCGGCCAAAAUCCGUCUUCCUUCUGCAGUGACUUUGAAUUUCAAAUUACCUUCGACUGCACUGAGGAACUUAACGAAGAUCUAGAGUGGAAGCUCAUUUAUGUUGGAUCGGCCGAGAGUGAUACGUAUGAUCAAGUGUUAGACUCUGUCUUAGUUGGACCUGUCCCGAUUGGAAGACACACUUUUGUGUUUCAGGCAAAAUCUCCAGAUCCUAGUCAAAUCCCAGAUGAAGACUUGGUUGGUGUAACCGUGAUCCUUUUAACUUGCUCAUAUAAAGACAGAGAGUUUGUGCGAGUAGGAUACUAUGUAAACAAUGAGUACACUGAGGAAGAAAUGAGAGAGAAUCCUCCCACUAGGCCUCUCAUAGAAAAGCUUCAAAGAAAUAUACUUCAUUCAAAGCCACGAGUUACAAGAUUUAAGAUUGACUGGAAUGAUUAACUUAAGAAAGCAUGCUUUCACACUUGUAACCUACAGCUGUAUUUUGUUAUAGAUAGCUUCAUUCCAAUGAGAUGAGAUGAGAUGUUAGAUUUUAGCAGGAACAAAUCAUUGCUUUAAAACUAAAACUAAAAUAUCAAUUCCAAAGAAUGUAAUCCUUUAUGCAGACGCCUGUGCAGCAGUUUUGUACAUAUUUUUUUAUUUCUAUUUUUGAGUUGGUGGAAAUAACUUACACUGUUAAUUAUAUGGAGGUCUAUUAGAAUUUUGUCUAACGUUGAAUUUUUUAGCCCAAGCUGGCCUGCUUUUUUUCAUGUGGCAUGAAUAGUACAGUCAUAAUACAGUAUAUUUUGAUCCACUCCUGUGUAUGUGCUCCUAUGAUUUUAAGGGACACUGCAGCAUUUCUAUGCAUAUCAAUAGGAUAUUCAGAUCAACUAUACACCGAAUAGAAAUAUGGCAUCCAAUUUGAACUGCCAUUGUUCUAGAGGCUGUUCCACUAGCCUCUCACACAUGUAAAAAUCCUUUUUGUGUUUUCCACGUGAAGACGAGGCUAGUGAGUCCAGAACAAUGGUAAUUCAAAUUGGACGCCAUAUUUCAAUUCGGUGUAUAGGCUUUGGUUAAACAUGUAUCCUGUAUAGGAAAGAACUAUGUAAGCAACCUAAACUAUUGAACUAAUUGGAAACAGUUAUCUUCAUUCUAGAAGCUUUCUGUACAAUUGUACUGGAAUAUUUGUAGCUAAAGAGGAGGGGAUAUGCAUGUAAGGUUGCUUGUAUGAUAAGAAGUGUAAAUUUUCAUGCAACGUGAUUACACAUCCCUGUAUUACAUUUUAACCCUGGUGUAGCACCCCUUGUUAAACAAAAUAUUUGGCUACACACUCAGAUACUUAGACAAAACACAGCUGUAGUUUAACACUCAGAGCUUUCAGUGCAAAAUUUGAAUCCUGUUGGCUCAGUAACAUUUGUCAAGCAUUAGAUAAAAAGACAUGAACCAGUUAACACAAGUGAAAGGCGUUUAGAAUUACUUUAAAUACCCAGUUUAAUAAAAUAAGUUGAAGAAAACCUUCAAGUUUUUUUGUCCUUUUAUAUAAACGCCUUUUGUUUCUGCAACGUAAGAAUAGUUUCUGGAAACCAACUUCCAAUCGACCUUCUACUUAACAAACCAGCUUGUUCAGAGGUAUAACACAAACCCUCCGCCGAAUGGAGAACCCGAGCCUUUCGUAACAUAGUACAGAGGACGAAUCUUCAAUCAAAAAGUAAGCUUUUCCGUUAUAGUUGUCACUUUAAAUUUCAAGGUAAAAGAUAUAAUAUGCCAAUUCGUAAAAAAUUGUACACGAGAGGGGAACUUGAAC